AUGUUCUGUAUUUGCGUGUUUGCAAUUAUCUAUUUUUUACCAAAUGUUGUCUUCGCUGUGCUAACCGCUCCAUACGAUAUUCGAUUAGAUCAUUAUAAAGUCGAUACAACAAAAGAUCUAGUAAUCAAUACUCCAGAGCCUCGUUUAUCAUGGAAAUUAUCGGUAUCACCAGCAGACCGAAAUGUACAACAGACAGCAUAUCAACUACAAAUGAAAUCACCUACUAAUCAAUGGGAUAGCAAAAAAGUGAUGUCAAGACAAUCAAUUCAUGUAUCCUGUAUAGGAAUUAGCAAUCUUCAACCGGAUACUUUUUAUGAAUUUCGUUUGCGAACAUGGACAACACAGUCAAACCAAGCAAGUUCAUGGACACAUUGGAUACAUUUUCGAACAGCUGUUUUUAAUAUUCAUUCAUACAUUAUGAAUCAAACUGAUAGUUUAAUGUGGAUCGGCUCAAAUCAAAUCAGUAUGAAUGAACUACGUAAAGAAUUUCAAGUAUCGAAUAGCAGUCCAAUUCAAUCAGCCAUAGCUUAUAUAUCUGGUCUUGGUUAUUACGAAUUAUAUGUUAAUGGAGAUAAAAUUGAUCUGAGUCGAAAACUAGAUCCUAGCUGGACUGUGUAUGAAAAACGAACCCUCUUAGUUUCAUUUGAUCUGUCAUCAACCAUCAAAGUUCCUGGUAUGAAUGUUAUAGGUGUUCGCUUAGGUAAUGGUUGGUACAGCCAAGAACAAUAUACACCUCCAGUAGCACCGCAACCAACUUACGGUCCUCCUCGUUUUAUCUUUCUCUUGAAAGUCAAGUUCGAGAAUGGUGACGAAAUGAAUGUUCAUAGUGAUCCAACUUGGAUGGGUCGUCAAAGUGCCAUUCUACAUGAUAGUAUUUACAAUGGAGAAUUCUUUGAUAGUCGUAACGAUCGACCCAAUUGGGGACAAGUAGGAUUUAAUGAUUCAUUAUCAUUAUGGUUACCAGCAGAAUCAAUGCCAUCUCCAAUUAAUGACAGUGUGCAUGGUCAAAUUGUAAUGCAAGACAUGCUUCCAAUUCGUGCGGGAUCAGAUGCAUUACAUUUCGAAGUAACUACUAAACCUAUAGAUGGAUAUUUAUCAUCAGAUGAUAUUGGUUAUAUGCAUGGUGCUAUGUUAACUGAAAGUGGAAUACUUAAACCAAUUGCCACAUGGUCUCCAACAAUUGGAGUUCAAGUAUUCGACUUGGGUCAAAAUAUGGCUGGUUGGUGUCGAUUUAAAUUUCGUGGCUCACGUGGUGUAGGUGUCUACAUACAUCAUGGAGAAAUUUUAACUCAGCCAAUAGUCACUACACACAAAUCUUAUAAUGAAAUUUAUACUGAUAACCUUCUGGGUGCUACGCAAAUGGAUAUCUAUGUAUUACGUGGUGAUCCAGUUGGUGAAACUUAUGAGCCAAGAUUUACCUAUCACGGUUUUCGCUAUGUUUCGAUCAUGAAUUUACCAAAUCCAAUGACUAUUGAUGAUGUUGAAUGUCUUGUUGUUCAUAGUGAAACAACAUUAAAAGGACAUUUCAUCUCAAGCAAUCCAGUAAUCAAUCAAAUCCAGCAUAAUAUUCAAUGGGGACAACUAAGUAAUCUUAUGUCGUUACCUACCGAUUGUCCACAAAGACAAGAACGAAAAGGAUGGUUGGGUGAUGCGGCAUUGACAGUAAAUGAAGCUCUGUAUAAUUUUGAUUUGAUAAAACUGUAUAUAAAUUUUCUUCAUUCAAUCGUUGAUAAUCAAGGACCAGAUGGUGCUGUACCUGAUACCGUACCAUUUAGUGAUGGUGAUUAUCCAGCUGAUCCUAACUGGGGUACUGCUUUACCUACGAUUGCUUGGCACCUCUAUUGUCAUUAUAAGGAUAUUCAAAUUCUUUCCGUUUUCUAUCCAAAUAUUCUUGCAUAUGUGGAAAGUGUUCAUACUGCUUACAAAUCAACAGGCUUAGCUGGUCUUUUCUAUUCUUAUAGUGAUUGGGUUCCACCACCACCUCAAUCAAGAGUUAAUGGUUCUUUAGCUUCAUCUUUUGCAUUCAUGCAUGAUAUUUCAUUAUUGAUUAAUAUGUCGCAAAUACUUGGUUACACAAAUGACACACAAAAUUAUUUGACACUAUAUCAACAAUUAGCCAAAGAAUUUCAUGAAGCUUUCUUUAAUUUCAGCACAUUUUUGUAUGAUGAUGGCACGCAAACUGCACAAAUACUUGCUUUAGUUUUAUCAAAUGUGGUACCCGACUACGCUCGUAAAUUCGUCUUAGAACACCUCAUAGGUGAUAUCAUUGAAAAGGGAAAUCAUGCUUUAACAGGCAUUAUCGGCACGGCUCAACUCUUUCCACUUCUGUCUGAUAAUGGAUAUCAUGAUGUAGCUCUUGAAUUAAUAUCAUCUAUUACAUAUCCAUCCUAUGGUUACAUGUUUAAUAAUCCCUACGAAAAUGCUACUACGAUUUGGGAACUUUGGAAUGCACCAUUCGAAGGUCCAGGCAUGAAUUCACGUAAUCAUAUCAUGUUCGGAAGUGUUGGUGCUUGGUUCUAUUCUCAUUUAGCAGGUAUUGAUGUAAGUCCUGAUUUUAUCACUAUUCGACCACGCAUGGUGAUAGAAAGUAAAAAGCAUCUCUUGCUCAAAGUUGAUUGUCAACUAAAUACUUUAUAUGGUCUUGUUCAUUUGGCUUAUACUCGAGAUAGGCAUGAUACAAUGGAUAACUCUAUUCGACUUCGUCUGACUAUUCCAGCAAAUGCGCAGGCUCAAAUAAUAUUUGAACCUUUAUUUCCCGGAGCUCGAUGU